AUGGCGCUUUUUGAUAAGUACACUUCCGAGAAGUUCAACAGUCUCCCUUUUCUGGGUGAGUCAAGCAAGGCUUUCCAGUCCAUCGGUGACAAAGAGGCAUUAUUCUCCGACCUGAAAGACCUCUUUAUCCGAUAUGGCGUAACAGACUUGCUUGGUUUAACCCUCGUGCAUCGCCACUUCGACGUCAACGAGGACGAACUUCUAGUCGAGUCCAACGGGACUACUAUGCCUUGGACGGUUCCAGGUUUGGCCAGCUUUUGUGACGACGAUGGGACCAUCAAGCCCCAGUCAUGGGCGUUCCUUCAUGGCCGAUUAAUGCCUUUCGAGUUCUUCUUCGAACCUAGUUUCUCGAGUCCUAAAGAUCCCAGAGUAGAUCUAUUAUCUGGCGUUGACUCUGCCUUUUUCCACGAAUUUGAGUCCGUUCUGCGACAGAGACACCUAGACAACACUCUGGGGCUCUGCCUUCUCUCACGGUGCCCUCAGCCACAAAUUGAGAUUACAAGAGGGAGAGCGAAUAUUACAUUCAAUGUUAGCGAGGACAAUUAUCGAAAUGCCCGAGGUGAAUUCACUGAGGUUGUAUGGGCGUGUACGGAAGCCACUCCAGGAGUUGCCGAAUUCACGGGUACCAAAAAGUGUAAGAAAGUCGCUACAACAAGCUCUAAAGCAGCCCAUGCAUGUAUGUACUAA